AUGGAGGAGGAGGAGGAGGUGGAGGAGCGAGAGGAGGAGGAGGAGGCGGCGGCGGCGAGCAGUUGAUCAUUGUGAUGGUGGCAGGAGCAGCGGCGGCAGCGGCAGCCCAGCCGAGCGUUAGGGGCUGCUCUCCGCGCGGCGUUUUGCAAAGGACUUCACCGAUCUACUUUUGCAGUCGCCUCGGACUGUCCAUGUGUUUACUUCCCCCAGCCCGAGGAUUUGAUAUCUAGGAUCCUGUGAAAUGCAACUGAGCAGCCAAAGUACUUUGAGAACACGGGGCGGCAUAAACACCAAAACUUUUUUGUGGAAGGAAAAUGCAAUAAGCAAGCUUGCCGUUUUCCGAUGCGGUGUGGAGUGAGUGUGUGUCGCGCGUGUCCGCACUGGAGGCAUAUGCUUGUGUGUGUACAUGGGGUGUGUUUUUCGGUACGUAGGGAGAAAAUGCUUGCCAACCACCGGAAAUCUCCUGGAAUUUAUUAGAAAAUAAUGGAUUAUAAAAAGAAGGCAGGCGAGGAGCGGAUCUCCCCUUGAGUUGCAACCCGAUUUGCUGCUGGCUCAGUUUGUUGUGAUUCUUUUUGUUGAUAGGUGUUUGAUGGCAUUCCGAUCCCCCUUUUUUUCUCCUUGAGCUUUACAGUUUUUACAAAAAGGGAAACAAAAAACCCACCCCAAAAUCUCUCCCCCCUUUUUUUCGCCCCGUCGGGAUUGCUGUUUCCAUCCAUGUGCUUGCGUCUCCCCCGCGUUCCACUUAAACUAUUUUAAUCCUUGGACCCAAGGAGGAGGCUGAUAGGGGGGUGGAUAAAAAAAGUUCUUCCAAAAUAGUGUGCCCGGGGAGCAGGAUGGGGGAUUUCGCAGCCCCCGCUGCUGCCGCGAAUGGCAGUAGUAUUUGCAUCAACAGUAGCCUGAACAGCAGCCUCGCCGGGGCCGGGAUCGGUGUGAAUAAUACUCCCAAUAGUACUCCAGCUGCUCCGAGUAGCAAUCACCCCGCUGCCGGCUGCGGCGGCGGCUCCGGGGGCCCCGGCGGCGGCUCGGCGGCCGUCCCCAAGCACAGCACGGUGGUGGAACGGCUCCGCCAGCGCAUCGAGGGCUGCCGGCGGCACCACGUCAACUGCGAAAACAGGUACCAGCAGGCUCAGGUGGAGCAGCUGGAGCUGGAGCGCCGGGACACCGUGAGCCUGUAUCAGCGCACCCUGGAGCAGAGGGCCAAGAAAUCGGGCGCCGGCACCGGCAAGCAGCAGCAUCAGAGCAAACCCCAGCAAGAUGCGGAGGCUGCCUCGGCGGAGCAGAGGAACCACACGCUGAUCAUGCUCCAGGAGACUGUGAAAAGGAAGUUGGAAGGAGCCCGCUCGCCACUCAACGGAGACCAGCAGAAUGGGGCUUGCGAUGGGAGUUUUUCUCCAACCAGCAAGCGACUACGAAAGGAGGUUCCCACGGGGAUGGAAGCCAUCAACAGUUUGCCCAACAACAUGCCGCUGCCUUCAGCUUCUCCUCUUCACCAACUGGACCUGAAGCCUUCUCUGCCCUUGCAGAACAGUGGAACUCACACUCCUGGGCUUCUGGAGGACCUAAGUAAGAAUGGCAGACUCCCGGAGAUUAAACUCCAGCCUGUUAACGGCUGCAGUGACCUGGAAGACAGCUUCGCCACCUUGCAGAGCAAGGGCCUCAAACAGGAGCCUCUGGACGACCCUACUUGCAUCGACACAUCAGAAACAUCUCUUUCAAACCAGAACAAGCUGUUCUCAGACAUUAACCUGAAUGAUCAGGAGUGGCAAGAACUAAUAGACGAACUGGCCAACACAGUCCCUGAAGACGACAUACAGGACCUGUUCAACGAAGACUUUGAAGAGAAGAAGGAGCCGGAGUUCUCGCAGCCAGCCACCGAGACCCCCCUCUCCCAGGAGAGCGUGAGCGUGAAGAGCGACCCCUCUCACUCUCCCUUCACGCACGUCUCCAUGGGCUCUCCCCAGACACGGCCUUCUUCCUCCGGCCCUCCCUUUUCCACCGUCUCCACGGCCACCAGUUUACCUUCCGUCGCCAGCACUCCCGUGGCUCCCAACCCCGCAGGCUCACCAGCAAACUGUGCGGUCCAGUCCCCGCCAACUCCAAACCCAGCCCACACCCCCGGCCAAGCUCCGCCUCGGCCUGGAAGCGGCUAUCUCCUCGGUGCGGCAGCGGUGCCAGUGGCUGGCUCGGGGUCGGGCCCCGGGGCCGUGCCCAGCGCUGACCUGUCUCCGGCGGAGCAGCUCAAGCAGAUGGCGGCGCAGCAGCAGCAGCGGGCCAAGCUCAUGCAGAAGCAGCAGCAGCAGCAGCAGCAGCAGCACUCCAACCCGCCUGCCAGCUGGUCCCCGCUGGGGCCUCCGUCCAGUCCCUACGGCGCGGCUUUCCCCGCAGAGAAACCAAAUAGCCCCAUGAUGUACUCCCAAGCCUUUAACAACCAAAACCCAGUAGUGCCUCCAAUGGCAAACAACCUGCAGAAGACGACAAUGAAUAACUACCUCCCGCAGAAUCACAUGAACAUGAUCAAUCAGCAGCCAAAUAACUUGGGGACAAGCUCCUUAAGCAAACAGCACAACCUUCUCACUUACGGCAACACCAAGCCUCUGACCCACUUCAGCGCGGACUUGAGUCAGAGGAUGACGCCACCCAUGGCCAACGCCGGCAAAAACCCGCUGCUGCCGUACAUGCAGCAGCAGCCCCCGCCGCAGCCGCCGCCGCAGCAGCCGCCGCCGCAGCUCCAGGCCCCCAGGGCGCACCUGAGUGAGGACCAGAAACGCAUGCUUCUCAUGAAGCAGAAAGGAGUGAUGAACCAGCCGCUGGCCUACGCCGCCCUGCCGUCCCACGGUCAGGAGCAGCACCCUGGUGGGCUUCCUCGGACCGCCGGCCCCAUGCAGUCCUCCGUGCCCCCAGGCUCAGGCGGCAUGGUCUCGGGCGCCGGUCCCGCAGGUCCCGGCUUCCUGGGCAGCCAGCCCCAGGGGGCCAUCAUGAAGCAGAUGCUUCUUGACCAGCGGGCCCAGCUGAUGGAGCAGCAGAAGCAGCAGUUCCUGCGGGAGCAAAGGCAGCAGCAGCAGCAACAGCAGCAGCAGCAACAGCAGCAGCAGCAGCAGCAGCUUCUGGCCGAGCAGCAGCUGCAGCAGUCGCACCUACCCCGGCCGCACCUCCAGCCCCAGCGGAGCCCGUACCCCGUGCAGCAGGUCAACCAGUUUCAAGGGUCCCCGCAGGAGAUGGCAGCCGUGCGAAGCCAGGCGGCCCUCCAGAGCAUGCGGUCGUCCCGGCUGAUGGCGCAGAACGCAGGCAUGAUGGGGAUGGGACCCUCUCAGAACCCAGGGACGAUGGCCGCAGCCGCCGCCCAGUCGGAGAUGGGACUGGCCCCUUACAACGCAACGCCGACCAGCCAACCGGGAAUGUACAGCAUGAGCCCGGGGAUGACCCAGAUGCUGCAGCACCCGAACCAAAGUGGCAUGAGCAUCACCCACAGCCCAGCCCAGGGGCCACGGCAGCCCGCCUCCGGGCAAGGGGUGGGGAUGGUGAGCGGGUUUGGGCAGAACAUGCUGGUGAACUCAGCCAUGACCCAGCAGCACCAGCAGAUGAAAGGGCCGGUGGGCCAGGCCUUGCCGAGGCCCCAGGGCCCGCCGCGGCUGCAGAGCAUCAUGGGAACGGUCCAGCAGGGAGCCCAGAGCUGGCAGCAGAGGAGCUUACAGGGGAUGUCCGGGAGGACUAGUGGAGAAUUAGGGUCAUUCAGCAACGGUGCCAGCUACUCACUUCAAGCCGGCCAGCCGAGGCUGACCAAGCAACACUUCCCACAGGGACUGAGCCAGGUCAUGGACGCUAAUGCUGGCGCAGUGAGGACCCUCAACCCGGCUGCCAUGGGUCGGCAAAUGAUGCCACCGCUCCCAGGGCAGCAAGGGGCCAGCCAGGCCAGGCCGAUGGUCAUGUCUGGCCUGAGCCAGGGCGUCCCUGGCAUGCCCACGUUCGGCCAGCCCCCGGCCCAGCAGCAGAUGCCCAGCGGCAGCUUUGCCCCGGGCGGCCCGAGCCAGGCCUACGAGCGGAACGCCCCUCAGGACAUGUCCUACAGCUACAGCGGUGAAGCCGCUGGGGCCUCCUUCCCCGGCCUCGCGGACGGCGCCGACCUCGUGGACUCCAUCAUCAAGGGCGGGCCAGGGGACGAGUGGAUGCAGGAGCUCGAUGAGCUGUUUGGAAACCCCUAAUCAAGCGGGGCCCCACGAGCCACGACGGCAGUGGUGAAAGCAUAAUACCAUGGGCAAACAAACAGGACGUGGACCCAUCCUCGUGUUUUGUUUUUUUGACCCACGUAAACUGAGCAAAACUGCGGCGGGCUGAGCGUGGAAGAUCCAGGUGCCAAUCCGCAGCCCUGUGGGGCCUCCUUUCACCUGAUUUUCACACCAAGGUCGAGGCAGGACGCCUGCAGACCCCUGCUGCAAGGGAGGGAGGGAGGCACCGCUGGGGGGGGGGAGGACAAACCUGAGCCCCGCUAGGCACGUCCUGGAGUCGAUCACGUGGCCCAGCAGGAGCUGCUCCAGCCCGACCCACCGACUGCUGCCUGGGGCAAGGCAUCCGUCAGCCCCUCCGGGCCCCGGUGUGGACACUGCAGUUCUGGCGACACACUAGACAGCGCCUUGGGCGGGGGAGCCCCACAGAGCCUGCUGGGUGGCUGUGCAGGCCAAGAGCACAGGUCAGAAACGUGCUGAGCUCCGGCUGGGAAGAGAUGUCAGGCUUCAAGACCUGUGACCGGACGUGGAGGGCAGGCGCGAAGAACGGCGGGAUGUCGCAGGGCGACUACCCAGGAUCCUCCAGGCCUGUCUCCUGCCCUGCGAGGACCCCCAGGAACGUCAGGUGUUCUGCUGGCUGCCUCACAAGGAGAGCCAAGGGAGCUGGGAGGAGGGUCUGUCCUGCAGUCCCGGGGUAGCCCUCUGCUGGUGACCAGGGUGGCCACGGCCCCACGUGGCUGGGGUGGAGCCUCCUGGGAGCCCAGGAGGACGACGGCGCAUCAAGGCAGUUCCCAUCCACUGCCGGCACCGUGGGGCGGGGAGACCCUGGCGGAGGCUGCGUGCCCACCCGCAUGGCCGCCUCUGCUCCACCCCUGCCUUCGUCCCUCCUUGGGUCCAUCCCAGCGCCCUCGCUUCCCAUCACAGCUGGAUUCCGAGAAGAAAUGAAGCUUUUGUCUCUAGGGAGCCCGGGCAGAGUCGAAAUAAAUGCGAGAAGAACUUGGACAAUGCCUGCAGUGCCAAGGCAACACUGGAGUGCUCCUUCUCUGCCGCGUGUGGCGCUGAAGGGACAGGCUCUGCCUGGGACCCAGCAGGCUGCUCCAGGUCUCAACGGCGGGCUUCCACACACCACGCCCGGCACUAACGGUGUGCCCAGGAGGGCCGGCCUGGGGGUCUCCCGCUCGGGCUCCCUUUGGGGAAAACCCGGGGGGAUGCUCUAAAAUCAGCCUUGCCUGUGCUCACCGGGAAGACAAAUCCAAACAAACCCCUGAGAGAUGAGGCGCUGGAAAAUCAGUUACUCCACCUGACACAUUUCGAUGACAAAAAGGAGGAAGACACAGUUGCUUCCACACGGGCAAAGCAAUCGGCUUCAGGAGUCCUGUACAGUCAGCCGUCCUCUGUGUGAUUCACUCAGCUCUGCCCCGACUGACGUCUCCCCGGGGCAUCCAUGAGCUCCGGUUCGAGAGGCCUGGCUCUCUCUUUCACAAGGACUUAGCUGUACCUCCUGCCUCCCCUCCCACUGUCCUGCUUCACAGGCCAUGUGGCAUCACUAUUGUCCUACGUGAGUGAGAGUGACGUGUGCUUUUCUCCUCCCACCCUCCCUCCCGUGUCUGAAAGGCUGGCUCCCUUCCGGGCCGUCACGUGCAACUCGCCACACCAGAGCCCGGCCUGGGGACCGUGGGGGGCCGGACGGACCGCCCUGGGGGAAGGUUCCGAGAAGGGGGGUUCCCAUGGAAGGCCGAGGGCAGAGGAUACAGGGGUGGCAGGCGGGCGAACACUGCCUUGACUUGCUCACCAGGUCCUCAGGGUACAGAUCGAGUGAGCAAGGAGCAGGAUGGAGCAAGGAGAGGCGGCCAGGCGGCCGAGAGCCCAGGUGGGGGCUGCGCUCUCUGGGAACAGGCGUUAGUAGGGUGACCUCGAGCACCCUGCAUGGGGAGGGAGCUGCCAGGGAAACUCCUGAGUGGAAACAGAUGAAAACCAAAAAGAAGAGUAAGCAAGCACGACAGAGUAGAUGAUUACCUUUUUCUGAAAGGUACAGGAAGUAAAUAGAUAAGCAACAAUGAGAAGCUAGAGGUCGCGGUUGGGAGAGUGGCUCUGUUACCUUUUAAAAGCUUCCUCCAAACACUCAGUCCUGGGACCAACUAAAUAGAGAGGUAGAUUUUAAUAACGUUGUUUUGUUUUUGUUUUUACUACGGUGCUGAUGUAUAUGUAAUGUCUAAAAAAGUUAUCUGUAAAUAAGUUUUUACAAUACGGCAGAUAUCACUGGGUCUACUAUCUGUAAAAAAUAUAUACAUAUAAAUAUAUAUAUACUGUUUGUUUAAAAUAGAGUAUUUUUAUUUCAUUCCUUAACUCAUCAUCACAGCAGUGGUAUUGCACUUCAGAUGACAUCUAACUACUAAUUUGUACUGUAUGACCUAUGGCAACUUGCUCCAUUUUAUUCAGAUUUUUCUAGUUUUCUCUUUUUACUUUGUACAUUGAGCAUUGCUUAUUUCCUUUUAAGAAAUGUACAGGACUCUUAAAUGUAGAAAUGAAGUGAUGUUGACAUACUACUUUUAAAGAAAAAAAAAACAAAUAAAAGAUUGUUAUCUGAAUCAA